AUGGUAUUUUUUGGCUUUGGCUUGCUCAUGUUCACCAUAAAGACGGGUGUCACGGUACUGAAGCCUUUGCAUCAUCUCACAGGGAGAAAGAAAAAUGGCUGCGUCAACGACACUGCGUACAAUUUAUGUGGGUCAGGAGAGCUGCUUGGUGUUGACUACCUCCUGAGUCAGACUGGACAGCCCCUUGUGGUGGAUCCCGACUCGGAGGAGACAGAGAACAUGCUUGAGGAUGUGGAUGAAGGAGGGUACGAAGAAGAUGAGGGCUUCGAUGAAGACCAAACCUUCGAUGUUACUCUAUCGAGUCUCUCAGAUGAACCAAGCUUCUCCGUUUCCUCCCGCUUUCUGUCCUCCUCUGAGUCUCUCUCCUCCCUGGCUGCUGCCUCCACCACAUUGGCUGUUGACUCCAUGCCACAGUCAGGCACCUCAGCAUCUACUGAUGAGUCUGCGGCUGUGGGUAACUCUGGUGUGCCAGGAAUGGACCGAGUCGACAGCCUGGCAGAGUAUCUUGUGCUCUCUGGUCCUCACCAACCAGCAGGCAAGCAAUGUGGUCAUGCUUUGGCAGAACCUGCUGGACUACGACAAGCAGCGAGUGGUGUUUGCUGCCGGACACCAGAGCAGGGUGGACACAGGGAGGUUCAGGUCGCCCAAAAAGAGGCAGGAGUUCACUCCAGGGGUGGAAAGUGUGAAGAGGCACGCGUACUCGCCACCACUGCUCCACUUGCCCAAUGGCCAGAUUGUUGUCGUCUGAUUGAGAGCAUUUUUGUCAGACUCUGUGCUCUUCACCGGAGGCCCAUGAAGAAGGGGAAUGGGACAGUGUCCAGAUGGGAUCUCAUCCCGGAGGACUACAUGAAAAUCAGGCGGUGCAUUCUGGCCAAUGCAAAUGUUAUGCAACAGACCGCCCUGCAACUGGUGGACGUGAGCCACACCACUUUAGUUCAGUGGCACAAUAAGAGGGUCAGGACAGUGCAGUCGUGAUGCAGGGACUGAAACUGACUAGCCGCUUGUCUGUGGCUGCUGACUCUCUACUCCCUGCCAAUGUGCGCCCCACAUCCGCACCCCCCCAGCCAGGCCCGGCUCACCAAUACCACCUGCCCACUAGAACCGUUGGCCAGGCACAAUUGAAGAGGAAGAUGCCUUCAGCCCCACCAGUUUUGUCACCGGCUGCUGACAAACCGCAAACACAGCGGCAACUCUUCCCUGCUCCACCCCCAGGCGCUCAACUCGUGAUGCUGUCGCCGGUGGCUUAUCCUGGUUGGUGCUCCACAGGCUUUCAGGGUCAGCCUCAGGGGUCAAAUUUUCCGUAUAAAUACGGAUUUCCGUAUUUUUGACCUCGCUGGGAUCACCCGCGUAAAUUGCAUGCAUUCGAUUUAUUUUAAUUGGUGGCGGGAUUGGGGAUGUGUGCGCGUGGUAAUCAUACAGCUGGCCAACAGGAUCAUUUCUACGCUCUCUACGUCAUGCACACGUUUGUUAUAAAUGCUGAGCGAUCGCUUCAUUCAGAAGAACAUCAUUUUGGGAGUUAACUUUAUGUUUCCAGAGAGUCCAAUCAGACUAAUAGAAGCCAAACACGGCUGUUUUGGUACUCAGAAAUGUGUGUGGUGUCAUUUUUAAUGAAGUGGGGAACUGAACAGCGUUUUGUAACAUACAGAAAAUCCCGAGUCUGGAAGUUGAGACGUCUAUAUGAUAUGAUUUAACAUUAAAACAUGAUCUAUAUACAGAGACUAAAAUAGGCCAUUCCGUGAUUUGAUGACUUGAAACUAUACAAACGGCAACUAUACAAAUGGUCGAUCUAGUCCCUGUAAUAUAAAUGCGUUGAAGUCUCUACUGAAAGCAUACAUUUAAAUGAUCUAAAACCGUUUGCCUGCUGUAUGAAUGACGUAGAUGCGCCAUCUAGUGGCUGUGUGUGGAAGUCUCUUGAGGCCACAAUAUUCUUUACUUUUUGUUCAAUUAUUGCUAAAGGAAUUAUUGAUGAUUACAAUAAAAUUUAAAGUAGGCCUAGUAUAAACUACUCAAGGGCCAUUUGUAAAUGCCAUCUUAUUUGACAUUAGCACAAGAUAUUUGCACAAACCAUCAACCUAUUUGAUUAAAUAUUGUUUAGGUGACUGUUAAACUAAUAAACAUUUGAUUGGCUUAAUAGGACUAGGUGCUAUAAUCCCACUAUUUCAGCACAGUUGAAGUUCCCAAUAGGUCAUUUCCCACGCCUUAUGCGUGACAGGGGGAAGCAGUCGAGAACAGACGGAAUUGGAAAAUGAUAAUAGUUUGUUUUUGUGUUGCUAAGUGAAAAAUAUCUAUUUUUGGCAAACAGUUUCCUGUUUUUAAUCAUGUAACAUUUAAGUAGUAACUUUAAAGACUAUUUUUUGGGGGGAUUGGGGUUGGGCGAGGGUGCGUGCGGUCUUCCUUCUUUUUUGUCCUUGGCUGAUCACAUGCCUGCAGCCUCUCCUCUGCCCGUCCUGCUACUGCUGCUGCUCCAGUUCCAACACUGACGCGCAAAGUACUGCACAACACGUGCAAGAAAUGUGGGCAGUUCAGGACAGCGGAAACUGGGCACAGCCAAUACAAGGGGAUUGUAUACUGCCCCUCUGUAGAGGCUGUACCAAAGGAGCAGUGGUUGGAGAAAAUAAAAAGUAAUAACUGCCCAUUACCCGUCCUCCUCAACCCCUCCCAUGUGGCAUGACACGUGGCUUGCGCCCUCUUCCUCACGAGCCAUGGACAUUGGAGUUUCUUUGUGCAAAGUUGUUUUUUGUUGUUCUGUGUCUUUAAAGGGAUA